UAUUUCAAUGCUUUGGAUAAGACAAAUAAAGAUAUUGCUUUUGCUGGGCGGCAACUUGGCCUUCAUCUUCAAUUUACGAGGUAUUUGUCGAAUGUUCAGGUCGCUGAACUUCCAAUUUGUUUCAGAAAACUUCGCCAAGAGGGUGUGAAACUGGCUAUUUGCGUUCUGCCCAAAGUUGGACCCUACAGCGAUAUCAAACGUGCUUGUGAGUUUCAGGAGUUUUUGGUGACGCAAUGCGUUAAGGACAGCACAUUGGGGAAACCGAACGCGUGGUCUAAUAUUUUGCUGAAAAUCAACGGCAAGUUGGGGGGUGAAAAUUGGGAACUCGAUGGAAUGGGAGGAUAUUGGGGCAAAGACAUUGUCAUGGUUGUCGGCGCCGAUGUUACACAUCCUGGGCCAGCUAAAAUAAAUGCCUUGAGGAAAUCGGUCGCGGCUGUUGUUGCUUCGAUUUCCCCCAACUACAUGAAGUAUGUAGCUGUAGUGAAGCAGCAGAAUUACCAGAAGAUUAAGGAGACAAAUACCGCUCGUGAGGACAUAGAGGAUAUGGAGGGAAUAUUCGAGCAGCUUUUGCAGGCAUUCUUCAAAAAAAAUAAUACACUGCCCACCAAGGUAAUCUUCUACCGUGAUGGUGUUUCGGAGGGCCAGUUCAAAAUAGUUGUGAGCAAAGAACUCGGUGCAAUGCAACGCGCCUGCACGAAGUUGAGAGUGGGUUACCAGCCAGGUAUCACUUUCAUAGUAGUUCAGAAACGUCAUCACAUUCGGUUCCUUCCUACUGAAAAGAACUUAGUUAACGUCGACCCUGGCACAAUAGUGGAUACAGAUAUAACGCAUCGUCGUGAAUUCGACUUCUACCUGUGCUCACAGCAGGGAAUUCAAGGAACUUCGAAGCCAGCCCAUUACCAUGUCAUCUAUGAUGAUAAUGAUUUGGGCGCGGACGAAUUGCAGAUGUUUACCUUCUAUCUGUGCCAUGUUUAUAUGAGGUGCACACGAAGUGUCUCCUACCCUGCACCCACCUACUAUGCGCACUUGGCUGCGUUUAGAGGAAGAGACUGGAUGAAAGGCAUCAACAACCCUGAAAUAUUGCUGGAGAAUAACCAAUUCAAAAUUUUGCCUGAACAGAGAGAUUUGAUGUUCUUUUUGUAG